GUCGCCGUAACGUUUUUUUUUGUAAAAUGAUCGGAUAAUAUAUCCACUAUGAGUUCAUCCCCAGCCAUCGAGGCUACCCCUACCGCAACCCCUACCGCUACCCCAUCCUCCCCCGCGUUGAAGGCGCCCGACUACCAUUUCCAGACGUCAACGCCGAAUUAUUACAAGAAACAACAUCAACCCCUGAGCGUGGUAUUAUCAGCAACAGCCCCGUCGACGCCCCCUACUUACGGAGAACCGACGCUCACGCCGCCCCCGCGGUCCCCAGGCGCCCCGCUAGCGACUCCGGCCUCUGGUGACGGGAGGGCUCACCCUCCAGACGGAACAUCCUCAGAUAAGUCGUCAGAAACAGCUGUGGGGGGAGUAUCGCGCACGGCAAGCACAGCGCUCUCGCGUAAAGAGAGUUACAAGGCUCAAAGGCAGCACUACAGGAAGGAGAAGAAGAGAGCUGCCUCCGCCCUCCUGCACUCCAUAGAGGAUCCAUCGGUCGUUGUGCUCUCUGAUUGGUUGAAGGUUCGUGGAUCGCUGAAGUCAUGGACGAAAUUGUGGUGCGUCUUGAAGCCUGGUCUGUUGCUGCUCUACAAGAGCCCCAAAGCUAAAAGAAGUCACUGGGUUGGAACUGUUCUGCUGACGUCCUGUCAGGUUAUAGAAAGACCCAGUAAGAAGGACGGCUUCUGUUUCAAACUCUACCAUCCCCUUGAACAGAGCAUCUGGGCUCCGAGGGGUCCUCAUAAUGAAACUAUAGGUGCCGUGGUCCAGCCCCUCCCCACGGCGCAUCUCAUCUUCAGAGCGCCCUCCCAAGCAGCUGGUCACUGUUGGUUGGAUGGACUGGAACUCGCGUUGAGAUGCAGCAAUGCUAUGCUCAGAUGUUCCCGGUCGAAACCGGAACAGGCCGUGGAAGAUGCUCCCGCUUCACAGACGAACAUCUCCCACGAGGAGCUGGAGAAGCAUUUCAAUGAACAUGAAUUAGCAGGUGCAGCGUCAGACACGGACAGCGAGGGUUCGAGACCAGGGAUGCAAGACAGCCAGAAUACGGACGACCAGGGGCUCAAGAAGGAAGACAUCAUCGCUAGGAUAGAGAGCUUCUACGUUGAAGAUCCGGAUAUUGAAAUUGGAGUGGCAGGUGAGCUGGUUGAAGAAGUAGCCGAGGAAAACAAAUCGUUACUAUGGUUCCUCUUGAAGCAAGUGAGACCCGGAAUGGAUCUGUCGAAAGUGGUUCUCCCGACGUUCAUUUUGGAACCCAGAUCCUUCCUCGAUAAGCUAUCUGAUAAUUAUUAUCACGCGGACUUGUUGGCACAAGCGCAAUCCUUAGAAGAUCCAUACCAAAGAUUUAAAGGGGUACUAAGAUGGUAUCUGUCUGGGCUUUACCGGAAACCGAAAGGUUUGAAGAAGCCCUACAACCCAGUUCUGGGUGAGACGUUCAGGUGUUGCUGGCGACACAGGAACAAUGAAACAUACACUUAUUACGUUUCUGAACAGGUAUCCCACCACCCACCGGUCUCAGCUUUUUAUAUAUCCAAUAGGAAGGAGGGUUUCGUCAUAGAGGGCAGUCUCCUGGCGAGGUCUAAGUUUUAUGGUAAUUCAACGUCGGCCAUUUUGGAAGGCUGCGCGCGGAUACAUCUCCUAAACUGGGGGGAGACGUACAUAACUACAGCUCCGUACGCGCAUUGCAAGGGUAUCGUGAUUGGAACCCUGAGCAUGGAACUCGGGGGCAAGAUACAUAUAAUAUGUCAAGAAACGGGAUACCAGGCGGACGUCGAGUUCAAAUUGAGGUCUUUCCUCGGCGGUGCUGAUCAGACGAACGCCAUAUCGGGUAGAAUAAAACGCGGGAAAGAUACCGUCGCGACGGUCGAGGGUUACUGGGAUGGAAAGAUCGACAUUAAGGAUAAGAAAACAGGGGAAGAAUCGAACCUUCUCGACGUUGGGAUAUUGAAGGAGCAAAGGUUGCCGAGAUUUCUCGUCAAGAUAGACAGACAGCAGGAGUGGGAGUCGCAGAGACUCUGGAUUAAGGUCUCCGAGGCGAUCCAUAAUGAAGACCAGGUGGUGGCUACAGAACAGAAGACAAUAAUAGAGGAGGCACAGCGUGCUAGGGCGAGAAGUCUUCUAGCGCCGUGGAUACCGAGACUGUUCCACCGGGACUCUAGAAGCAGUCCACCAGAAGGUAUAACAGACCAGUGCUGGAAAUAUAACCAUUCGAACACGAGUCCAUGGCAACCAGAAGAAUUGAUUGAAUACGAAGAUGACUUCAUAAUAACGUCGAUCAAGAACAUACCGAUGCGAGGGCCGCCCGAAGCGAGGAUACGGGAACUGGCUCCGAGGACCGACUCGGACAGCCACGACGACCUGGCGAGAAGGUCGAAGACAUCCACACGAACAUUAAAACAGACUCUGUACGCAAUCGACACGUCGUUGCGCGAACAGAGCAUCGCGUUGGAGCGUUUGACGAAGAACGUAGAGUCGUUGACCGAGAGCCAGCGAACCGCGACGUACCGCCCGCAGAGCGUAGGCAGGGUCCCCACGUCGAGCCAUUCCUGGGACCUGUUCGGGGGCUUCGUGCUAGCGAUGGUGUUGCAAGCCUUGUUAAACUGGAUAUUCUACCAAAAAGACUGAGUGUUGCCACUUAAAAAUAAUAAUACAUCGACCAAAUUUAGUUUAUUGAACUGUCUUUCUGUCUGUCGUUUAAAUUGAAUUUAAUGCAUGCUUAUUAUUGCAACAUUACUAUGUUUAAAUAUAUAUAUAUUAUAUAAUUGAUAAUAUUUUCGUUUAAAUCGUCGUAACUCGGGAUAAGGCAGUCUAUUC